AUGGCGGCCUCUAAUGGUAAGGCAGUGGAGUCGAACGACAGAGUCGUCGUGACUCCCGAGAGGUCAAAACCAAGGAGCACGAGCCGGGUUCGAUGGACUGUUGGACUGUUAGUACGGCUUUGCAUUUGGUACUUUCUCUUGACGCCGUUCUUCCGCUGCCCGUCUAACGUCGCCGAAUUGACGGACUCUUCGCCUCGGAUCUGCAAACCGUACUUGGCAGCUAAAUCCUACGUCGAGCCUCAUGUUACCCCUUACUAUAACACCUACGCGGCGCCUUACGUUGACGCUGCUCGCCCGUAUGUCGUUGUACUGAACGAGAAGGUCUACACUCCAGCUUCAAACAUCGCGAAGCAGGGCUAUCAGGCGUAUGGCGCGCCGGCGCUGAAUCGCGCUCAGGCAUAUGGCCAGCAGCAAUGGGAUGCAAAUGUUGUUCCCCAUAUCGAAACCACCAAGGCCAAAGCAGCGGACUGGUACGGGGCGCAAGUGGCGCCACACGUUGACUAUGUCGUGACGACGGUAUCUCCAUACUACAACAAUGUUCGCGGAGCGUACUGGAAAACCGUGGACGGUUAUAUCCUACCUUUUGCCGCCAAAUACCAGCCAUACAUUGGGAAGACAUACACAUCCGGCCAGGAAAUUUUGACUACGACUGUUAUGCCCCACGCGCAGAACGCGUGGUAUUCGACCGUUUACUUUAUCUAUCAGACGCUGUGGCCCAAGAUGUCUAGCCUAUACUCCGAGAAUGUGGAGCCUCAACUCGUGAAGAUUGGCCAGAGACUUGCGAGCUAUCGCGAGGGUGACCGGUUGAGAAGCGUGGCGGCUGAAGCCGAGAGUGCUGCCACGUUUAUAUCUUCCACCGCCGUGGAAACCACCGCCACCGAGCCGCCUACCGCAUCUUUUACCCCCGAACCCACACCGACACCUUCAUUAUCGCCAUCCCAAUUGGCAGCGCAAAUCCGCGAGAAGAUUGCCUCUGACCUCGUAACCUGGAAGGAGCGAUUCGCUUCGGCGUCUGAGAAGGGCGUCGAGAGUCUCGAGGGCCGCGUGGUUGAAAUUGUCGAUACCUACGUAGCGGACGGUGCACAAUCUGAGGGCGAGAAGCUUGUAAACGCUUUGGAAAGCGCCGUCGAAGAGCAGACUGCUGCUAUCAAGAACCGUAUCAGUGGGCUUACUGAGGCUCUACCGGUCACUGAUUCCCCGGAAGAGGAAGAGGCCGCCAUCGAGGAGCUAUUAAAGGAAGUCAGAAGCUCUGCCGUGUCCAUCCGAGAUCGAGCUCACGUUCUCAGAGAAUGGCACGUUUCAUUCGAGCAGAAUCUCCUUAACAAGGUUGCAGUCGCAGUGAACUCUACGCUCGCUGUCCUAGACAAUGUCCGGGACCUCGGUUUGCAAGAAAUUGGAAUGAGAUGGGCAUUGAUGGACGGCGUCACGUAUAAAGACUGGGAGGACUACCACGCCUUGAAAGAGGAAUUCGAGGACUGGAAAGUCAAGUUCCGUGAGAUCGCAUUGCAACAUGCACGAAUUGAGGCUGUCAAGGAGCAUGCGGACGAAACUCUUUCACGUGGGAUGGAUGUUGCUGAGGCCGCAGCGAAGGAGCUCGCUAGAUUGAAGGAAGUUGGCCGAUGGAAGAUAGCAGCCCGAGAAGUCAGCGAGGAUUUCGAUACCAGGUCGGAGCCUCCACCACCCCUUUCUAAGCCCAACGUCGAUGCGGAAGAAAUCCCCGUGGUGCAAGAAGAUCAGGAAGUCCCAUCCGAAGCUGAAGAAAAGUCUUUCGAGCUGAACGACACUACUGCUGAUUCCAAUGCGGAGAAGGAUGACGAAUCACCAGAACUUGGUGAAGUCCAUGAAGCUGAGAAAAUCCAGGAAACUGCCUCAGACACCGCGUCCGAAUCCACCGUCUUUUCUGGUGAUUCUGCGGAUGAUGACAGCACAGUCGACACCGAACUGCCAGAACGAGAGGAUGCAGCUGUUCCGGAAUCUAACCCUUUCGGAGCUGCGGCUGCCGCAGUGCUUCUUGAAAAAGCAGCCGCCGAGGUUGACGAUGCUGACAGGCUUGAGCUUGACGAGGUCGUUGUUGACGCCGAAGCAACCAAGAUCUCCGAAGCCCUAUCCGAAUCAUUGAAGUUUGAAGAUCUCAACACCGAGCCAACGCCUAGUCAAGCACCCGCCCAGCAGCAACAAUCCAUCGAGGAACUUCUCUCUCAUAUUCUCGCCGAUACGGAUCCUGCUUUUGCUGAUAAAGUCUUGAAGAGGCUUAAUGCCAUCUAUGAGACGCCGCAGCCGAUCCCAGACACUCAGGCUUCCACUGAAAUUUCAGGCUCUACAGCUGCGGCAUCAACGCAAGCAGCGGACUCUGAUAAGAGUCAAUUCAGCCAGGUUGAUCUCUAG